CAAAGAUUUCAGUUCAACUUUCAUUUUCUCCAGUUCUUGAGGGAAUAGAAACUUGGCUGGUCAUUUCAGGAGGAAAAACAAACCUCAAACAACCUUUAUACAUCCUUUAACCUGACCUAGAACAAUAAACGGAGGACUAAUCAUGGCUGAAGCUGGAGAACCUUCAGAGCUGACUGAAGUUGGAGGAGAAGUUGAGGAAGAGAAGACGGGAGACGAAACAGAUGCCAAACCUGACCGCAGAGGCAGAUUUCUACUGUUUGGGAGUAAGAAGAAUAAGGAUGGCCAGACGCGGGAGCAGGACUACUAUUCUGAAAGCCAUUACAGAAUUGUUUCACCAACAUUCCAGUAUAAGAUGAGCCACCAGCGAGUGGGCAAGUGCAUCAUCAUCAACAACAAAAACUUUGAUGAAAAGACAGGGAUGAAUGUACGAAACGGCACAGACCGAGAUGCGGGCGAGCUGUUCAAAUGCUUCAAGAGCCUGGGCUUCGACGUCUACAUCUACAAUGAUCAGACCUGUGAGAAGAUGGAACGUCUUCUCAGAGAGGCCUCGGAAGAAGACCAUAGUGACAGCUCGUGUUUCGCCUGUAUCCUGCUAAGCCACGGCGAAGAGGGCAUGAUCUACGGCACAGACGGAGCCAUGCCUAUCAAGACCAUGACCUCGCUGUUCAGGGGGGACAUGUGCAAAAGCUUAGUCGGGAAACCAAAGCUCUUCUUCAUCCAGGCUUGUCGGGGUUCCGAAUUUGAUGAUGGUAUACAGACAGAUUCGGGUCCGCCAAAUGAUACCCUGGAGACAGAUGCUAAUCCAAGACAUAAGAUCCCUGUAGAGGCAGAUUUCCUCUUUGCCUACUCCACUGUGCCAGGUUAUUACUCAUGGAGGAACCCAGGACGCGGCUCCUGGUUCGUCCAGGCCCUCUGCAACGUCCUCAAUGAGUUCGGGAAGCAGCUGGAGAUAAUGCAGAUCCUGACACGGGUCAACUACAUGGUGGCCACCAGCUUCGAGUCUUGGUCUGAAGACCCUCGCUUCAGUGAGAAGAAGCAGAUUCCUUGUGUGGUCUCUAUGCUGACGAAAGAACUGUAUUUUAACUGACCACCAGUCUCUCUGACCGUACGACACCACGGACUGACUGACGAACACUGACCAGACCGACUGUUUCAGGGACUGACUAAAACGGUCAAAGCAUUCAGGGAUGAUUCAGGCCCAGCAGGACAUUGCACAUUUGGAGCACGAAUGACAAUUUGCAUGUGUAGUUGGGCCCGAAAAAACGAGCACUCCGUGAGAAAAGAAAAAUCUUUACAGUGGCACUCAGCGUUCAUGUGUUGAUGGUGAUAUUUACCUCUUCUUCAGGUUAUUCUUCAGAAAAAUGGCGUCACAUUUGAUCUGAUCUUUGUCGACAGGCAUUGUGAAAUAUCCAUGUUUUUCUGCUGACCCAGAAAAUUUGCUGCCAGUUUUUGUGGGUUCGGGGAAUCAUAUCUGAAUAUGCAUCUCUCUAUUUUCCAGUGUUUGAAGUGGAUGUUUGAAGGGCCUAUAAAUUAUAAUAAGCACCUUUUGUACACAACAUACAGUGUACAGUAACAGCUAUUUUAGACCAUUUUAAAGGACUUUAUGAUUGAAUUUUAUCCUUUUGAUUUUAUAUUUCUAUUUAUAAUGUUGCCUGGAAAAACAGCCUAUAUUAAAGGCUCUUUUGCAGAUGUCCAUUUGAUUUUCCAAUUGAUUUUAUACAGGGAAAUAAUUAUUAGAAGAGAUAGACCUGGAAAAUGGAUCGGAUCAUUUUCAGCUCUUUGUCUUUUAUUGUUUUCAGCUGUCACGUGUCGACAAACAGACAAAAUAAAACCACCUCUGAGCCGAAAUAUGUCACAAUGCUUUUACCAAAAGAGUCUCCAUGUUGCUAGCACGUUUCAGUUGGUAGCAUCAUGUCGGCAUCCUCAGGUUCUUUCAUGUCCCAUGAAGUGGGUUAAUGUCAUGUUAAAGGAUACCUAUACGUAUGGCGAAGACCCUGUGAUCUUGUGCUGUGUUAUGAUUAGUUCCAUAAGACUUUGGGUCAAGUGCAUAACAUACAGUCCACUCCCACAGUACCAAGGACGCAGUCUGCCAUGCUCAUCAGCCCACUCAUUAUUCCAUGAUGUUAAAAACUUCACCUACUUGUUGUUGAAACAGGAUACAGUGAAGUUCAUGUUUUUACAUAUGAGCAAAACUGUGCGCUUGUUAUUAGUCAGAGCUCAUUAAGUCGGUCUCAUCAAUUUCCCUUUUUUAUCCUUAAAUUUAGACAUUCCUCUUCGCUCUUUCUUUGACAAAGAAUAGGUUAUAUUCUGUAAGAGUUUUGAUAAAGAAUUAAGAAUGUCUAAAGUGGGAAAUAUCAGCCUAAAGCUGUAAAGAGGCCCUAAAGCACAAAUGCCACAUCAUUUUACUGUAUAUUAGUGUUGUACAUUGUCAUACCAUAAACGACACUGUAGUAGGAGAUACCAAGCAAUGUCUGCUGAUUGAGUUAAAAAAAAAAAAAGAGCUGAAUGGAAGAAAAGAGUAUAAUCCUGAAGCAUUUUGAUGUUAUUUUUAAGCACAAUGCCAAGUAUUUAACACUUUGUUGAAGGUACUGAAACAGUCAUUUUCACUGAGGCGUUAAAUCCUUUCUAUAAAUUAUAUAUUAUUGAAAUAAUAGACAUUUGCUGAUAAAAGUUAGUUCAUACCUGCGAUGUUUGUUAGUGUCUCGUCGUCUGUCAGUCACAGAGGCAGCUAUUAUUGGUGGUGACAAGUCUAACCAUACACAUCCACGUGUCUGCAAUACACACACUCGUCGAUGCAAUGUUUUUACAUUAUCCUCGAUUGCACAUGUCAGUAACUUUAGGGAAAGUUCAGCAAUCGCUUUAAUCUGUUAUUAAAUUUUACCCUUUCCACUCCUUGUAUUUAUUUUUUAUUCUAUUUUUUUUUUUUUAUUUAAUGAUAGUACUACAUGGAGUUUAGACAUUUCACAUUUUAUACCCAGUGCACUUGUCCCAAUACAGACACAACUCUUGAAUCCUCUCGACACAUGGAUCUCUGAUCAGUGAUGUGGUGCCCAACCUGUGC